UUGGAAAUAUGCCUUGGUAAAACGGUUGAUGACAAUCUUUUGCAAUUCAUGCGUAAAGAAGUUCAACAACUAUCUGACUCAUUAGAUGACUUCAAAGAUAAAGAUGACAAAAAUAUAAAAAGCAUUUGUUCCACUCUGGCUCUGUUUAAGUCUGAGUUCAAUAGAGCCAUACAGGUGCUAAAGAAUCAACACCAGAGAUUGCAAUCGACUUGUAUGGAGCUGAGGAAAAACCAAGAUAUGAUUAAGGAAGAGAUAAGCUCCAAAGACAGGGAUCAGAGGGAAAUGCUAAGGAUAUCAGAACUACACUGGGAAACUAGACAGCAACACGUAAAUGACAUCUGCAAAACUCUGGAAGUGAGAAGCCAAGUUAUGAAAAAGGAUUUAGAAAUGCUAAAGGUAAAGAUGGAAAAUCUAUCAUUUUCAGGCAGUCCUAUAGAUGUCAUUUUUGAAGCCCCAAAUCAAAACGAAUGGUUUACAGGUAGAGAAGAAAUAAUAGAGAAGCUUGAAAGAUACCUCACAUUCACAAGUGAAGGAUUAAAAAUGGCAGCCCUUUGUGGUCUUGGCGGAUGUGGAAAGACAACGUUGGGAGCUCAGUUUGCCUGGAAACAUAAAGCUGAUUACGAAGGAGGUGUAUUCUGGAUCUCAAUGGAGAACGAUAAAAAGUUGGGAAACUCCAUGAAUGACCUGGCAUUGCGUUUGGGAAUGUGGGCAGAUUCUUUCGAUUUGACGUUGUCCAAGGUUCUUACAUGGAUAUCAAAGCAGACAAAGCCAUGGCUUUUGGUGCUAGAUGACGUUGAUCAGCUUCAUCUAUCUGAACAAAUGCAUAAGAUUCUGUCUGGACGAUGGAAAAGACAAGCAAAAGGCCAUGUCCUGCUUACAACUAGACGGGAAUCAAAGGUGGUAAACCAGUCCAUAGAUCUCGAGGCAACUCAUUGUGUAGAUAUUUCGGCGUUCUCUGAAGAGGAGGCCAAGAGGUUCCUUGUUACACGAAGUGGCAGCACCGUUGCUGAAAAUGAGGCUGACCUAAAUGAGCUGGUUCGUGAGCUGGGAUAUCUACCUCUCGCUUUAGAACAAGCUGGUGCGCAUAUUAAGGCUCUUCAGUGUCCUAUAAGCAUCUACCUUAAAGAGUACAAAAUGCAGCGACUAAAACUGCUGAAUCAACAACCACGGACAAAACGGUCAUGGGAAUAUGAAUCUAACAAUCGACUGGCAGUGCACACCACAUGGCUUUUAAAUUUUGAUUACGUCACAAAGUCAUUGCACGGUGAUAUUGCUUCCCAUUUUGUGGAGACUGCUGCUUUUCUGGAACCGAACGAGAUCCACGAAGAGUUGAUCAACUGUCAGCUUCUCUCCACAGACGAGCCAUCACGAUCAAGCAGUAACUUUUCUUGGCCAAUGAAAAGUCAAAUCGUAGAUAUAUUGACGAGAUUUUCCCUUUUUCAGAGGAAAAGCUCGAGUACUCUUGGGAUACACCGUCUUGUUCAAGAAGUCAUCCGCAGCAGAAUGACAACUAAAGAAACCGCUUCCUCUCUUCUUAGAGCAGUAAAUCUUCUUCACCAAGCCUUCAGUGAUAACCCUUCUCCAGAUCAAAUCCCGCUGGAUAUCGUAGCAGGUGUUAAAGAACAACCAUCAACAGCCGUGCCGAAUCCUUCUCUGUUCUUCUUGUGGUCGAAGUUGACAUGUCAUGCUUCUGAACUACAGAACCAUCUGAAAGACUUCCUGGAUCAAGACGACAUCGGAAGGGAUGACAAAAACAUCGUUCUAACCCAUGAGACUUCACGUAUCAUUUAUGAAAACGCUAUACAGUUAAGUGUGCAUUGUCAUGACGAAGAAGCAAAAGAAACCGACCAUUUUUCGUUUCAAAUUCUCAAUGCUUGCACAACCGACAGUAACGCUACCUUGACUCUCGACCAACUGAAAAAGCUAUUUCCUCACGCUCUACCUCCCCCUCCGCUUUUAAAGAAAAUCAUUUUGUACUCAUCUCGUCCUCCACCUGAUAAUAAGGACCUUCUAGAAAAUGAAGAUCAUCUGAUUGCCGAAAUAAACAAGUUGCGUCUAAAAGGAAAUACGCUUUUUAAGGAUGCAAAUUUCAAAGAAGCUGUAAAAUCGUACACCGACGCACUUGAAGUAAGUAAAAUGGCAAAACAUUUAGAUCCCCACCUAUUAAACAAUCGCGCAACUGCGUAUCUCAAACUGGGAAAUCAUAAAGAGUGUCUCGCAGAUUCCCAGGAGUACAUUAAACUUAGACCUAACUGCUGGAAGGGAUAUACUAGGAAAGCCUCAGCUCUGAAUGGGCUUGGAAGAAGAGGCUUCGCUUUAUGUUUCGCAAUCAUGACGCAAGUAGUUGCCGCCGUUAUGAAUCUUUCCAAAACACGUUUGAAGACCUCGAUGGAAACUGGGAGGUUGUAGAGUCUUCUGAAUCACUCAAAGAGUGCAUAAUAAAAAGUCGAUUUCCAACUUCAAGAAAGAAAGUUCUUCUCCUUACCAGUAAGAGUUACGAAGUUAAGCAUGCACAAAUUGUUGAAGACGAAAAGCAAGUGGGGGUUACAAAGGUUUUGAUAAAUGCCGAUGGCUCUAAUGCAAUUGUGGGUAUAACUUUAGCAGCCUGUUGUGAAGGUUCCGAAGUGACUAUAAGCUGUGGCGGACUUUGUUUCGCGGGGGAGUGUUUUGUACACAAUGUUUCAUUUUUAACCCAAAGAACUAUUUAUGUUGAAGAGGAUGGCGACGCAGAGUUCACCAACUGUAAAUUUAAGAGCACUUGCACGUUGGACGCAGCCGUUGUUGUUUACGGACUGGCAAAGUUUAUUAACUGCUCUAUCACUGACAGCCCCGGGGGAGGAAUCACGGUCGAAUAUGGCACUGCAUUAGCUUCAUUGAUGAACUGCAAAGUUAAUAGAAAUGGUAAAGGAGCAGAGUCGUCACCUGGAAUAAGAGUGAUAGAUCAAGGAAGCUUAGAAGUAACUGACUGCCAGGUUCACGGGAACACUGAGGGUAUUAUUGUUGCUGGAACUAAAUAUAACAACAGCAUAGCAAAGAGAGUCCUUAUACAAAAUUCCGAGAUUUUUGACAACAAAUUCGAAGGAGUCUCUGUGGUAGGUCAUGAUCUUAGUUUGUCAUUCCAAGAGGUGGUCAUACGAAGGAAUAAAAUCUAUCACAACGGUGCGUAUGGCAUUCGUGUACAAUUUCGCGCAAACAAUAUAGUAUUUGAAGAGAACACGGUGUUUGAAAAUUUCUGGUGGGGAGUAUGGGUGGAGUGCAAUUCAGGCGGUUACUACAAAGGCAAUGAGAUACGCAACAACAAGAUGGGUGGAAUUAGAAUUGGUAGGCAAAGUCAAGGGAGACUUCCAUGUGUUGUGGAAGGCAAUGUCAUACAUCAUAACUAUGGACCGGCAUUUCAUGAAGGAUUGAAAUAUUUUGAAGUUAUUUCUUUUCCAAAGGAACUGCGAGUUUAUUUCGAUAUGCAUGAGGCAACAAAGAGUGAGGCAGUUCUGAGGGGCGAUAAAGACGCUUUUGAGGUUUCUCUUCCUAAUGCAGUUUCAGCGUUGUACAAGUCCAACAAUCAGUGCUACAAAAAUGACGCUACCCAAAUUAACCUGCACGCGGCGUCCUUGAAAACAAAUUGUGCCUUUUGCUUUCGACACGAUCCGAAAUUGAUGUCUUGCAAAGGUUGUAUGACUGCACGGUAUUGUGGAAAGGAAUGUCAGAGAUUGCACUGGAGCAGUCACAAAAAGGUCUGCAAAGCUACAAGGCAGAUAAAUACCAUCGAGAUUCGGAUUCCAAUGAACGCCCCAGAGAAAGAUCCACGCUUUACGUACGUUACCCAAACACAUCCGAGUCUGGAGCCAACGGGACCACUAUAUGCAUCUCCUCCUCCAAGAGACGGAAAUCGUUUUGUUGUCAAAAUGCAAACUUCUGAGGGACUGGCGUUUGGCAAACUGCUUCACCCAAAAGAAUACGCCAGUGAUGAAUAUAACCCUUAUAAAGCGCAGAUAACAAUUUAUGAUCGCAGUCGCUUCCUUGAUUUUAAAAUACGAAAUCAACCAGAGCUUUAUCAUUUAAUUAUGGGUUGCGGAAUGAUGGGUGCUUUUAUGUAUCUCGGCAAGAAGUUGUUUUGUUGGGCGGCAUUUAAAGAUCCCAAAACCAUCGAAAUUUUUACUCAUGAAUUUCCCCCAGUUCAGAAGUGGUGA